CCCUUCUGCGGAAAAAAUUCCCCAGAAAAACGCGAUUGCGAGAAUCUCUAUUGUUGAUCGCGACCAUUGUGCGCAUCUGUAUUAUAUUCUAGUUUUUCAGCGAUCGCAGCUUCGAUUCGCUCUUUUGUAGGUCGAUUGACUUUGUUUAAGCCAAUACGUGUUUGGUCACCACCCCUGGGCCAUAAAUAUUUCGGUAAUUAGACUCCUCUGCCAUUUACAGUAAAUCAAACAGUUGGUAGAACACAAUCAAAGGGAAACUCCUUCUAAAGUUUUAUUGGGUAUCUUCUGUCUUUGUUGACAUUACUGUAACUAAUCACAGACUUGUGAAAGGAAAAAUUGCCGCGAAAAGUCCCGCCUCCAACCUUCGAAGUAAAAUGUAAACAAUCACAAUAAAUUCGCUUUUUAAAUCGUUUUUUUAGCUCUAAACAACUAAUUUAACGUUUUUGACAUUAAAUUAGGCAAUUCGACAAUAUUUAGGCAUGUAAAUAUAUUUUUAAAACUAUCUAGCAAUAAAUAUUCCCGGGAAACUCCACCUCCCUAUAGUAAGUGUAUGGAAGAUGUUCUUGCUGUUAAUUGGCAUUAAAAUCUUUAUUUCUACGCCUAUUACGCUCUAAUUGGUAAUUUAUAUUAUGACAGAAUCAACUUUCAACGAAUGAGAGUGUUUUCAGAGCCAUCUGGUCUGGAUUUUCCCGCGAAGAACCAAUCCACGUGAUCAAAGUCAGAAUGUAAACAAACGUUAAAAAAUUGCUAUAUUCUAUAUUUUAGAGCGUAUUUUUACUAGUUUGCAUGUUAUUUGACUUUACGUAGAGAAGAAGAUUUUUUAACAAAAGCUUCCAGCUAAAAAAUUAACCGGGAAACUUAUUACUUCCGGAUGUUGCGUAAUCGCAAAAAAAAUAACUGAUCGCUUAUUAUAGUGUAUUAUUGCAUAAAGUGUAGAAAAAAAUAUAUAAAAAGUGUCAAAUAUUCACUAUUUGAAGCAGAAAUAUAUAUUGAUAAACUUUGACACAUCGCUUUACAAUAACAAUCGACUCCCCUCCUGGCUAAGUAAUUUGAGACAUAGUGUAAAUUAUGACAAUAACUUCUCCCUCGCUCUAGAUAUAGAGCAGCGGUUUCCUUUGUUUAAAAGAAAACAGAUGUGUCUAAUUACCAGAUGUAUUUGUACAAAGUUCAGCGAAUCUCGUUUUUAUUUGUACUUUGGUUAGAGCAGCGUUAUCAUCAAUAUGGAGUAUGCACAAUUUUUACUGUCAGACACAGAUAUAGAAAGGAAUAUAUAUGAUGACACAUCAUCCGAAAAUGAAUCGGAUAUAUGCGAAACAAGAGAGGAAGACAGUAGUACUGAAGAAGAAGAAGAGAUUGAACAAUCAACUUCUCAACAAGGUGAGAGCACGUUUUAUAUAGGGCGUGAUUUUAAAACCUACUGGAAUAAAUUUCCAACAUCGCAAGUAGGAAAAACAAAGCAGCAUGACAUAAUAACGCAUCUUCCUGGUCCAAUAGGCGAUGCCACUAAAGCAACAUCCAUUAUGGAUUGUUGGAAUUUAUUUAUAGUAAAUGAUAUUUUAGAAUUGUUAGUAAAAUUUACAAACGAACAAAUUAAAAAAGUACAACCAAAUUACGGAAGAGAAAGAGACGCACAUCUAACCGACUUAGUUGAAAUAAAAGCUCUUAUCGGCAUUUUAUACUUAGCAGGUUGCAAAAAACAAAAUCGCUGCAAUCCAAAUGAAUUGUGGACAAUGGAUGGAACUGGCCUAGAAAUUGUUAGAAUCGUAAUGAGUGAAAAAAGAUUUAAGUUUUUACUGUGCAAUUUACGAUUCGACGAUAAAAAUUUAAGAAAAGAGCGAAUUAAAACUGACAAGUUGGCUGCAGUGAGGGAUAUGGUGGACAUAUUUGUAAAAUCUUGCCAGAAAAAUUAUUCUAUAUCGGAAUAUUGUACUAUAGACGAGAAAUUAGAAGGAUUUAGGGGACGAUGCGGAUUUCGACAAUAUAUGCCCAAGAAACCUCAGAGAUAUGGCAUUAAAAUUUAUGUGUUAGCGGACGCAAGAAUGUAUUACACUUAUAAUUUCGAAAUCUACUGCGGAAAACAGCCAGAGGGCCCAUAUUCGAUUUCGAAUUCACCAGAUCAAGUCGUAAAACGAUUAAUAAAUCCUAUAACGAAAUCAGGGAGGAAUUUGACAGUGGAUAAUUGGUUUACCAGUUAUAGCUUAUUCUCAGAUUUGUUACGGGACAGAAUUACAAUGGUAGGAACAAUAAGGAAAAACAAACGAGAACUCCCUCUUGAAUUUACAGAUGUAAGAGGUAGAAAAGUCUGUAGUAGCCUAUUUGGAUUUUCCAAGGAUUUAACCUUAGUCUCCUAUGUACCAAAAAAAAACAAGAAUGUCUUGCUUUUGUCCUCUUUUCAUCAUAACGACACUAUUGAUGAUACUACAGGUGAUCGUAAAAAACCGGAAAUAGUUACCUUUUAUAAUUUGACAAAAGGAGGAGUCGAUACGUUAGACCAAUUAACUGCAAAUUAUAACGUUCAAAGAAACACGAGAAGGUGGACAAUGGUAAUUUUUUAUUGUUUUUUAAAUAUUGCAGGUGUUAAUGCACACAUUAUACACCACAGUAAUAAGAACACAACAAAAGAUAUAAGCAGGAAAGAUUUCUUAAAACAGUUAGCAAUAGAACUAAUGUUGGAACAAAUUGAAAGAAGAAAACAUAUGCACUGCCUUCCAAAAGAUAUAAGAGAAAGCGCCGAAAGGAUAUGUCCGUCACCCAGCACAUCUGAAACUUCUGUAGAAGAACAGAAAAAGAGAGGAAGAUGUGCAGAAUGUGGAAGGAAAAAAAAUAGAUAUACAAAGUAUAAAUGUAAAAAAUGUAAAAAAUUUUUAUGUUUGUCACAUGUAACACCUAUGUGCAAAAACUGCAGUGAAGAGAAAUGAAUUUCUGUUUAGUUUUCUUCAAUGCAGUUCCUGUGUUGAAAAUAUUGCUAAUGAUUGUACAGUACUUUUCAUGUUAUGUAUAUAUUUUAAUAUUUCUUCCUUUUAUAUUUUUGUAUUAGUAGUUAUAGACGAUGUUUCUUGUAUAUACUUGAUUUUUAUCAUUUUAUAUUUUUUGUAUCAUUAGUUUGUUUCACGUAAACGAUUUAAAUAAAUUUUGUUAACUUUUUUUAUUUGGGUUGUUUGUUUAUAUCGCAUAAAUUUAA